AUGGAGGAGAAUAUUUGUAUUGAAACAAUGAAUCAAUCAGCUCAAGAAGAUGAUAAAAAUGAAACCCAUCACCAUUUUAAUCAGAAAGAAGAAAGAGAAGAUGCCACCUUAAUGCAGCAGAAUACAAGACGGCCAAACCUCUCAUCUUUGGAAAUACCUGUGCGGUCUCUGGAGAGUACAUUGUAUGAUUUUGCAAGAAUAGAUAUUCCAAGUCCUACUUCUACAAAAGCCGGAUUGCCCCCUAGACCAAACUCUGCAAGAUUGAUUUCAUCUGUUAAAAGUUUACUUCCCCAAAAGAGUGUCAGGGGUAAACACCCAACUCAGGAAGGUGAGAAAACAGUGCUCAUUAUCCCAGAUACACCAAUAUUGGACAAGCCUUCAACUUCAAGGUCAUUUUCUCUAAACAAGUUUUUAUUCUCUCCAUCAACAAAAACACAUUCUUUACCCGUGACACCAAUGGCAAAUGCUGUACCUAAGCCCUUGGAGGAAAAUCAUGUGGAUGGCCAUUCUAAACUACAUAAAUAUGAAGUUCGAAAGCAUAUGACACGCUCAUUUUCAGUUCCUGUGAAUGUUAGAACCAGAAGCUUAAGGCAGACUGAUUCAUCUGGAGGUUUAAUACGUGUAAUAUCAGUAGUCCAGCGAUCUUCAACAAAUGACAAUGCCUCCCCAGAUAUAUCCCCUGAAACAGAAGCUAUCUCAAACCUGAAACAACUCAUUCCUAAUGGUCUUCUUCUUCCUGUGUGCAGAAUUUGUUUUGUUGAGCUUGGUGAAGGAGGUGAAACGCUCAAGAUGGAGUGCAGCUGCAAAGGAGAUCUUGCACUUGCACACAAGGAAUGUGCCGUGAAGUGGUUUAGCAUCAAAGGUAACAAGACCUGUGAUGUUUGUAAGCAGGAUGUCCGUAACCUUCCGGUCACAUUGUUGAAGAUUCAAAAUCCUCCAACUGUUUUAAGAAGGUCUGCAGCUGUACCAGAACAGAGGGAAAUAACUCGUUAUAGGGUCUGGCAAGAUGUUCCUGUUCUUGUAAUGGUCAGCGUGCUUGCCUAUUUCUGCUUUCUGGAACAGCUUUUGGUGUCCGACAUGGGACCUCGGGCUCUUGCCAUCUCUUUGCCUUUCUCUUGUGUCUUGGGUCUUCUUUCAUCCUUGAUAGCUUCUACUAUGGUGAGCAAGAGUUACAUAUGGGCUUAUGCAUCAUUUCAGUUUGCGAUAGUGAUCCUAUUCGCUCAUAUAUUUUAUUCCGUGCUCAAUGUAAACGCUAUUCUAUCCGUGCUGCUUUCUUCUUUCACGGGGUUUGGAAUUGCAAUUAGCACUAAUUCACUUCUUGUGGAGUAUUUGCGAUGGAGAGCAAGUCGUCAACCGCAGCCUUCCCAGCAGCAUAUAAAUGGUGGCGUCCAAUUGCAUCCUCAACAUCAAAUGGAGAGCAAGUCGUCAACCGCAGACUUCCCAGCAGCAUAUAAAUGGUGGCGUCCAAUUGCAUCAUCAACAUCAGCAAAGAGACCAACACCACCGGCACCACCGUCAGAACCCGCCUCCCCAAAAUCAACGUCAACAUAG